AUGGCGCCGACUAGCAACAACGAACAAGUCAUUGACCUCGACGAUUCUGAGGCUACCCCGGAGCGUCGUCGAACAGGAGGCACACAACCCACGAAGAGAGUCAAGAAACCCGCUCGCAAGGAAAAUGCCAGCGAAGCAGGGGACCCCGGUAAAGUCCAGUUCCCUGCUGGAAUCCCGGCCAGUGUCACCAAAAUGCUGCGAGACUAUUUCGUCAAGAAGCAAUCCAACGUGGUUCCGAUCGACAUCUACUACAUGCAGAUCCCAUUCGGCAUGAACGACAAGCAUAAGUCCAAAGCUGCAUACUUCAUCGCUGCGACCAAUGAGCUCUGCGCAGUCAGUGCCUAUCAUCUGCCGUGGAUGAAGAAUCAGCCCGGUGGUAGCAGUGGGCAUCUGCUCAUCGCUGAACAUCCGUCGUUCGGUCCAGGUGGCAAUGUUCUUAUUCGCGUCAAGAAGAACUCGAAUGAGUUUCGUAUCUGGCGUGGCGUCAACGACAAUCCCUUUGACCAAGCUCUCGUUGUCAAGAAAGCGGUCGAUGACACAUUCGAGCACAACGGUCGGUACACUGGCAGAGGCAAGUCUCCAAAGACGCCGUCUACCGGUGCUGCGUCACAGCGUAAACCACGCAAUCAACCUCCGGUACCUCAGUACACAACACCCACUCCCAUCCGCUUCGUUGAUGGUGGCUACGAAGAUACAGGUAUAGGUCAAGGUGGUUCUCCUGUGCCUGGAUCGUCGCCUGCCUACCCAUCGCCGACUGUUGGUGGUGUAUUCCGCCAACGUCUCCCAGUUCAGCAGUAUGGGCUACCACAAGGGUCUCCACAAGCCUCGGUGAACAAGAGAAAGCGAAACGCUGUCGAGGACGAUGAUGGGUCGGAUGUCGAUUACGAUGGCGACAAUAAGUACUCAAGCGGUCGACCAUUGUCUUCACCUAUACGUGGCACACAAUCUGCUGAACCGCAACGCUCGAAUGUUGGUCAGUCUAUCCACUUCCAUUUCGAUGGUCCCAUCCCGCGUAUGCGUACUUUGGCAACUUGCGACGACAUCCACAAGUUCUUCACCCAGUGUACUGCGAGCGAGUUGAUCACGUCCCUGGAUCUAUACCCGAACGUUACAGCAACACUCACCGGACUCUUCGAAGGUCCCGAGAAAUACGUCAUUGCCGAUCAGAUCGAUUUCGAUGAGUUGGUUCAAGCAAUACUGGCAGAUGGUCGAUGGAAUGUCGAAGGUGCUAUGUGCGUUGUUCGGGUCACUAAGCCUUGA